CUAGUUACAUCUGCCAUUUUUCUAACAGUUCAAGCUGCUGAGAAUCAUAUCCGGAGUUUAGUUAAGCACAUACAUAGUUACAUACUUACAAAAAACAGAACUCAGUUUUCAGAUUUGGAAACGAUAUUAUCUGCUUUUUGUUAUUGUUUCUCCUAUUGAAUUUUUGUAACUUGAUGAAAAUCUGGUUUUAACUGACCACAUAUUAAUCCAUAUAUUUCCGCGUUCCCCUUGUAAACUUUCCGGUUUAAGCGUUAAUUAUUCGCCGUUUCUCUAAACUGUUUCAAAAACAGUUUUGCCUGUUAUCUUAAAAUGUACAUGCACGGGAUUAUCGUGCAAAUUUUUCUUGUAUUCAUUUGCUGCAAGACGAUGGUGAUCCAUGGUGCACCUAGUCCAGUUCCCACCAAGGAUGACAAUCACGAUCAUGAUCACGAAGACAGCGAUCUUCCGGCAGACUGGGAAGAUUUGAUCCGAGAAAGUGUGGCACAGACGAAUAAUUCUGGUGUCGACGCAUCAUUACUGCAGAGGACCGACCUUUACGAAGGUGAUAUCAUGGUCAUGCCUAUCGACGCCGAACAUCCGAGUGGUUCCGGAGGAACAUUGAUGUACACCGCAGUGCGCAAUCGGAAUGUGCUGUGGCGAAACGGUGUCGUUCCGUUCACCAUUGCUCAAGGCUACAGUUCGCAACAGCAAUCUACGAUUGUCAAAGCGCUCAACGAUAUAAUGAGCAAGACUUGCAUCAAAUUUGUCCGGCGCACGAAUGAACGGGACUACGUGACCUUUAUCAAUGGAAACCAAGGGUGUUCUUCCUACAUCGCCCGAGUGGGUGGUCAACAGCUCGUUCAACUGGCCAAUGGUUGCAUCCAACACGGAAUUGUGCAACAUGAAACGAUUCACUUACUGGGAUUCGAUCACGAACAAAACCGUCGCGAUCGGGACAACUUUGUUACCAUUGUCUUCAGUAACAUCGAUCGCAGAAUGGAGCACAAUUUCCAGAAGAAUGUCGACAGCGAUUCCCUAAACUUGGCUUAUGAUUACGGCUCACUAAUGCACUACGAUCGCACCGCUUUCGCGAAAAAUCCCAACUUCCCGACGAUCGUCCCCAAACGGCGGAGCGUGGCUAUUGGCCAACGCCAGCAGAUGAGUCCCACCGAUAUCCAGAAGAUCAACAUUCUCUACCAGUGCAACGGCGCCAGGGGCCCGACGCCGUCACCUGUAGGCGGUACGGGCAACCGGGUCGCUGGCCGCCGCCGAGACGAAGAAGGGCUCGAGCAGGCCAAUAUAACGGAUGCGUCGGGUAUCGACGCCGGUGUUAAGACCGGUUUAUCAACGUCACCGGGGAAUACGACUGUUGCCGGUCUGUCCAACAUUAAGAAACCAAAAUCCAGCGCCAGCUUCGUUUCGUGGACAGUCUGGUCUACACUGUUUUUCUCAACUGGCACAAACCCGUUUUUAUAAGCCUGGAUGGUUGUUACCAGAGCUGGUCCGAUAUGAAUUUUUCGCCUCCGCUACGAUACCGCUCCGAUAAUUAAAAUGUCCGAUACGAUUCCGAUACCGCUACGAUUUUGCUCAAAUUUUCCGAUACGAUAAAUCCGAUGAUCCGAUAAAAAACCAAAACUUUCAAGUGAAAAUUCGCGCAGGCCGGCAUUCACCAGUGCAUUUCACAAAAUUCAGUUUACGAUUUUAAAAAAUAAGCU